AUGCGUGCCUACCUGGACUCGCUGCCCGAUCGGGUGUCCACCCGUCGGGAGCUCACUUCCUUUCAAUUUUGGAAGGCGGCUCGCACCGAACUGGCCGCCGCCUUUCUCUUCUUCCUCUUCACCGUCAGCUCCUGCUUCAGUCGACUGGAGCUAGUCAACAGCAGCAGCUCAAAGUUAUCUUCCAACAACUCCAACACCGAAACAGCUUUUGCCCUGCUCGAGCUCAAGUCUGCCGCUUCGGUGGGCCUCUCUGUAGCGACGCUGGUGCAAUGCUUUGGCCACGUCAGCGGCUGUCACCUCUCGGUGGCCAUCACCCUCGGCCUGGUCGUCUCGGGGCGGGUGUCCACUGUCCGCCUGGUGGUGUACCUCCUGGCGCAGAUCAUCGGUUCACUCGCCGGUGGCGCCCUCGUUUACGCCCUUUUUGGCGCCGUUCCGCCCAUGGCUGCUCCAGUGAUAGUUGAAGGUGGGCUGAACUCUACUACUGCUGCACAAGUGUUUGGUUUUGAGUUUAUGGCCACCUUUCUGGUGGUGCUCGCCUACCUCGCCAAUGCUGACGCUAGCAGAAUGGACCUGGGUUUCAAGGCGCUUUCCAUUGGGCUUGCCUACAGCCUCGCCCACCUGUUUGCGUUCAGCAGCACGGGCGCCUCCUUCAGUCCGGCUCGCGCCUUGGCGGCCUCGCUCUUCAGCGGCAAUUGGUGUUUACACUGGGUCUACUGGGUUUCUCCGCUGGUGGGCGGCCUCUUUGGCGGCGUCACCUACGAGUACAUCGGCUCCAUCAAGCCGGUGGCCGAGGCGAGCAGUCUGAUGGCGGGCGGUGUGCUCAACUCCACUGAGCUUAAACAUCAGCAAAAUUAUAACGCAACCCCUUCUCGAGCUUCGACGCACUCCGUUGUGACCAGCCCAAUGUCCAACUACCCGCAACCGGGUGCCACUCUGGUGCACUCAGGGCUAACAAUUUCAGCGCAGGCACCACCUGCUGAAAUUUUGCUCGAUCCAGCAGCGGUGGCUGCGGUGGCAGUGGCAGCAUCGCCAGAGGCACCACACCAGACAACGACUGAAAAUUCAACAGCAGCAUCAGCAGCAGCCUCAGUUGUCGUUGACUCGGUAAUUGCCUCUGCUCCCGUUGCUGCUGCUACUGCUGUCACCAGCAGCAGCCAUCAUUUGGGCACUUGUCAUAAAAAAGAAGAAAAAACACCACCACUUCCGACCAUGGACAACCAUGGCCACCAGCAGCAGCAGCAGCAGCUGAACAGUCAUGACAGUAGAUCGGCCGCACUGCACCAGCUGCACCAGUUUCAGGCGCACAACCAGAACAUCCUUCAACAACAGCAGCAACAACAACAACAGCAACAGCAACAGCAAAACCGAAAUAUGUUUCUUCAACAACAGAACCAGAAUCAGAACCAGCAAAAUUCUCAUCAUCACCACCAUCAUAAUCAUCAUCAUCACAAUAGUAAUCACAACAGCCAGCACAUUGUCCACGCUGGCUGGCUGAUGAAGUCGCCGCCAGAAAAGCGCAUCUGGAAGCAUGUUGGGAAAUGGCGCCGUCGUUGGUUUGUGCUGAAGCUCUCCGGACAGAUACCAGGGCAGUACGUGCUGGAGUACUACGUCGACCCGAGCUGCAAGAAGCUGAAAGGCACCAUCGAUCUUGAUCAGUGCGAGCAG